AUGGAGCACCUCGCGCGCGACCCGACUCCUCGAACUCGGGUGUACCGCCUGAUGGCGGAAGGGAUGUCGUUCAAGGUCACGGUCGCUCUCCGUGCAAGAAGGGUGGAGAAGUGGAUCUGCGCCGUGAAGAGGGACUACCUCGACAACACACCAAUCAAGUGCAUCAGCAUGUAUUGCGAGUUCACGAACCCUCGCGAGGGUGAUCAGCGCGCCGCCGUCCUUCAGCUCUCGGUGGUGUCCGAGAAUUUGGUAUUUCAGAUUUGCCAUGGUGAUGAAGUGCCACAAGUUCUCAGGGAGUUUUUGCAGGAUGGGAACAUCAGAUUCUGCGGCACGGCUAUCAGCAAGGAUGUGGAGAUGCUUAGUCCCUACGAGCAAGUGCGCAAUGCCGCGCUAGACAGUUGUCUGGGCUUCGAGAUGGCUGGGAGGCAUUGGAUGCUAGUCGGCGACAAUAGUCAUGUUGAUCGUCUCAAUAUUUAG